CUAGACACAUCGACCAUCCACGGGGACUGGGGCUGGCUCAUGUAUCCAGCUCACGGGUGGGACUCCAUCAAUGAGGUGGACGAGUCCUUCCAGCCCAUCCACACCUACCAGGUGUGCAACGUCAUGAGCCCCAACCAGAACAACUGGCUGCGCACCAGCUGGGUGCCCCGCGACGGCGCCCGGCGCGUCUACGCCGAGAUCAAGUUUACCCUGCGCGACUGCAACAGCAUGCCCGGCGUGCUGGGCACCUGCAAGGAGACCUUCAACCUUUACUACCUGGAGUCAGACCGUGACCUGGGUGCCAGCACCCAGGAGAGCCAGUUCCUCAAAAUCGACACCAUCGCGGCCGACGAGAGCUUCACGGGUGCCGACCUGGGCGUGCGGCGUCUCAAGCUCAACACGGAGGUGCGCGGGGUGGGCCCGCUCAGCAAGCGCGGCUUCUACCUGGCCUUCCAGGACAUCGGCGCCUGCCUCGCCAUCCUCUCUCUCCGCAUCUACUACAAGAAGUGCCCUGCCAUGGUGCGCAACCUGGCCGCCUUCUCGGAGGCGGUGACCGGGGCCGACUCGUCCUCGCUGGUGGAGGUGCGGGGCCAGUGUGUGCGGCACUCAGAGGAGCGGGACACUCCCAAGAUGUACUGCAGCGCCGAGGGCGAGUGGCUGGUACCCAUCGGCAAGUGCGUGUGCAGCGCCGGCUAUGAGGACCGGCGGGACGCCUGUGUGGCCUGCAAGUUGGGCUUCUACAAGUCAGCCCCCGGGGACCAGCUGUGCGCCCGCUGCCCUCCCCACAGCCACUCCGCAGCCCCCGCGGCCCAGGCCUGCCGCUGUGACCUCAGCUACUACCGUGCGGCCCUGGACCCGCCAUCCGCAGCCUGCACCCGGCCUCCCUCGGCACCGGUGAAUCUGAUCUCCAGUGUGAAUGGGACGACAGUGACCCUGGAGUGGGGCCCCCCACUGGACCCGGGCGGCCGCAGCGACGUCACCUACAAUGCCGUGUGCCGCCGCUGCCCCUGGGCGCUGGACCGCUGCGAGGCGUGCGGGAGCGGCACCCGCUUCGUGCCCCAGCAGACGAGCCUGGCGCAGGCCAGCCUGCUGGUGGCCAACCUGCUUGCCCACAUGAACUACUCCUUCUGGAUCGAGGCCGUCAACGGCGUGUCCGACCUGAGCCCCGAGCCCCGCCGGGCCGCGGUCGUCAACAUCACCACGAACCAGGCAGCCCCCUCCCAGGUGGUGGUGAUCCGCCAGGAGCGUGCCGGGCAGACCAGCGUCUCGCUGCUGUGGCAGGAGCCCGAGCAGCCCAACGGCGUCAUCCUGGAGUACGAGAUCAAGUACUAUGAGAAGGACAAGGAGAUGCAGAGCUACUCCACGCUCAAGGCGGUCACCACCAGGGCCACCGUCUCGGGCCUCAAGCCGGGCACCCGCUACGUGUUCCAGGUCCGAGCCCGCACCUCGGCAGGCUGCGGCCGCUUCAGCCAGGCCAUGGAGGUGGAGACCGGGAAACCCCGACCCCGCUACGACACCCGGACCAUCGUCUGGAUCUGCCUGACCCUCAUCACAGGCCUGGUCGUGCUUCUGCUCCUGCUCAUCUGUAAGAAGAGGCACUGCGGCUACAGCAAGGCCUUCCAGGACUCAGACGAGGAGAAGAUGCACUAUCAGAAUGGGCAGGCUCCCCCACCUGUCUUCCUGCCCCUGCACCACCCCCCAGGGAAGUUGCCAGAGCCGCAGUUCUAUGCAGAACCCCACACCUACGAGGAGCCGGGCAGGGCGGGCCGCAGUUUCACCCGAGAGAUCGAGGCCUCCAGGAUCCACAUUGAGAAAAUCAUCGGCUCCGGAGAGUCUGGAGAAGUUUGCUAUGGGCUGCUGCGCGUGCCGGGGCAGCGGGAUGUGCCGGUGGCUGUCAAGGCCCUCAAAGCCGGCUACACGGAGAGACAGCGCCAGGACUUUCUGAGCGAGGCAUCCAUCAUGAGCCAGUUCGACCACCCCAAUAUCAUCCACCUCGAGGGCGUGGUCACCCGGGGCCGCCUGGCAAUGAUUGUGACCGAGUACAUGGAGAACGGCUCUCUGGACGCCUUCCUGAGGACCCACGACGGGCAGUUCAGCAUCAUGCAGCUGGUGGGCAUGCUACGGGGUGUGGGCGCCGGCAUGCGCUAUCUCUCGGACCUGGGCUACGUCCACCGUGACCUGGCCGCCCGCAACAUCCUGGUGGACGGCCACCUGGUCUGCAAGGUGUCCGACUUUGGACUCUCGCGGGUGCUGGAGGACGACUCCGAUGCCGCCUACACCACCACGGGAGGGAAGAUCCCCAUCCGCUGGACGGCCCCCGAGGCCAUCGCCUUCCGGACCUUCUCCUCUGCCAGCGACGUGUGGAGCUUUGGCGUGGUCAUGUGGGAGGUGUUGGCCUACGGGGAGAGGCCCUACUGGAACAUGACCAACCGAGACGUCAUCAGCUCUGUGGAGGAGGGGUACCGCCUGCCUGCACCCAUGGGCUGUCCCCGCACCCUGCACGAGCUGAUGCUUGACUGCUGGCACAAGGACCGGGCCCAGCGGCCUCACUUCUCCCAGAUCGUCAGCGUCCUCGAUGCGCUGAUUCGCAGUCCUGAGAACCUCAGGGCCACAGCCACCGUUGGCAGGUGCCCGCCCCCGGCCUUUGCCCGGAGCUGCUUUGACCUCCGCGGGGGUGGGGGCCUCACCGUGGGGGACUGGCUGGACUCCAUCCGCAUGGGCCGCUACCGCGACCACUUCGCUGCCGCCGGCUACUCCUCGCUGGGCAUGGUUCUGCGGAUGGAUGCCCAGGACGUGCGCGCCCUGGGCAUCACCCUCAUGGGCCACCAGAAGAAGAUCCUGGGCAGCAUCCAGACCAUGAGGGCCCAGCUGAGCAGCACCCAGGGGCCCCGCCGGCACCUCUGACCUGCAGCCCAUGGGGCUGGGCAGCCACCAGGCCAGCCCCAGCUCAUGCUGGGGGUCAGGCCAUCCGGGAAGGGGCCUUUGGUGCCCAGCAUGGCCAGGACGCGUGUCCCUGGGGCAGGGCCUUCCCUUUUUGAGAGCUUGGGGGCCUCAGUGGGUCCCCCAGUGAUGUUGCUCACCUACCUGCACACGCACACACGUGUGUGUGACUAUGCUUGUGUGUGCCAUGAGGUAUGUUCUCACAAGGUCAUGGAAGCUCGUGUGCACAUGCGUGAUCACACGUGUGCCCAUCUGGUUACUUCCUGGCGUGGAUGUGUGCAUGUUAGUUUGCGUGUGCUCAUCCAUUAAGGUGGGGGGCACAUGUGCAUGAUCACGGAGGCCGUGUGUCAUGUAUGAGGAUGCGUGUCACGGGUGUGAACAGGGAAUGCAAUGUGACAUGCACCCAGGUCCCAGCACCCGCAGGCGCUGGGGAGAGGCUUACACCCGCCUCUCCCAGCUCCUGGAAGCUGGAGCCAGGGCCCAUUUCUGAACCUCACCAGCACCAGGCCCACCCUUGUCUCCUUCCGGGUAGCCCACCCUGGGCCAUUUCUCAGGUCUGGGCCGUCCCUCUAACUGGGGGGGAGGCCCCCUGCAGCCCCUACCCAGCUCCCAUUGCUGCUUCAACAGGAAAACAGGGUUCCUAGCCAGUCCCCCUGGCCACCUUCCACAUGGGCAUCCCCGCAGAGCACACGAGAUGCCCUCAGCUGGGCUUGGCUGCUGGGCCAGGGUCCGGGGGCACUCGCCUCUGGUAAUGUCUCCUCACUUGCAAGUCCCUUUGCCAAUCCCUCACUGCCCAUCCCUGACCUGCCCCUUCCCCCAUGGGUAGCAUCAGGGACCAGGAGAUCCUAGCUCUGCAGCCCCAGGUCUUCCCCAAAUGGGGAAACCGAGGCCUAGGGCAGAGGUGUGCCUUGUGCAAGGUCACACGACUGCCAAGUGUCAGAGCCAAGGCCUCCUGCCUCCCAGCCUAGGGCUCUUCCCCCCUGCCCUGUCCCACACACCCAGCUGUGGAGGGGGUGAAGGGGCUGGGAAGCCCCCUCCCUGCUCAGAGACUGACCUUCCCCCUGACGGCCCACCAGGGUAUGUAAAUAUCUUUUUUCUACCAUGUCAGAAUAUUUUUUUCCUCACUCCUGAAACAAUGCAAAAAUGGUCUUCAAAGCACAUAACCACCACCCAGGGUGAGAGCGCCCCAUCCCCGAGGAGGUUUGGCAGUCAGGGCCCAAGGAACCCCACCUGGCAGGUUGGCCUGUGCCCCCUGCCGGUCCCAGAGGGAGGGGCGAGCCCUGCUCCCGUUCCUUGCCCCAACCUUUCCCCGUAGCCAGCACAGCUGUCCCGCAGAGACACCAGCACUGAGCCCCUUCUCCCUCCUGCAAUAAUUCGGGAGCCUCAGCCCCGCGCAGGUGCCGCAGCCAGCUCCCGACACCUCUGUAUAUUAUGUUCCUACAUAGCCGAGCUUUUCUUCCUUCCUAUGGAAGUUGGAAACGUGGUCAGGGCACAAUCCUGGGAGGACCCUGUUCUCCUCUCUUACUCCCACCCACCCCCACCUGGUUCCUGGGCUCGGGUCCUCACAGUCUAGGGGCGCAGUGGGUCUGGCACUUGCAAAAGUGUGGCCCCUGUCCCUGGUGUGGGGGCCCCAUUUGGGACCCAGGGAUCUGCCUCUCUGUGGUCUCUGUCGAAGUCUUGAACCUGCCCACAAUGAAAAUAAAC